UCUGGACUUCGCCCUUAGGUACUGGGCUUUUUGAGGCCAAGGGUCCAGAGAUCUCGCGAGAGUGGCCACGCCGGUCCGUGGGGCGCCGUAGGGCCCGGCAGCAGGGAUGGCUGCUCCGCGUGGGGUGCCGCCGCUGCGGGUGCUGGAGGAGGCGCUUGGCAUUGACUUGACGCCUGGGGGCGAUGCGCCAGAGCCGGUGGCCGCCGAGGGCGCCUACUACCUGGAGCAGGUCACCAUAACUGAAGCUUCUGAAGAUGACUGUGAAUAUGAAGAGAUACCAGAUGACAACUUCAGCAUUCCAGAAGGAGAAGAAGAUCUGGCGAAAGCAAUUCACAUGGUUCAAGAGCAGGCUACAGACAUUCAGAUUCUGGAGCAGAAAACAGUUCUUCCUUCAAGGCAUGUAGUGCAUGAAGCCAUAGAAGAUUUUCUCUGUAAUUUCCUGAUCAAAAUGGAAAUGACCAGAACCCUGGACUGCUUUCAGGCCGAAUGGUAUGAGUUAAUACAGAAGGGAGGGACUGACCUCAAGGCACUCGGGAACGUUCCAGAUGUCUACAGCCAGGUGAUGCUUCUUGAGAGCGAGAACAAAAACCUGAAGAAAGAUUUGAAACACUUCAGACAGGCAGCUGAAAAGGCCAGAGAAGAGCUACUGAAAACUCAGAAGGAACGGGACUUCCAUCGCAUGCAUCAUAAGCGCAUAGUGCAAGAAAAGAACAAACUGAUUGCUGACCUCAAAGGGCUAAAAUUGCAUUAUGCAUCUUACGAACCAACUAUUAGGGUUUUACAUGAGAAGCACCACGCUUUACUGAAGGAGAAAAUGCUGACCUCCUUGGAAAGAGACCAAGCUGUUGGGAAGCACAUUAGAUACAAGGACAAAGGAAUACCCCACAUCACUGAAGUCAAGAGAAGAAAUCUGGAAAGCUGCCUCUGCCAGAUUUCUGGGCUUCAAACAACACUGAAGAACAUAGACAUAGGACAUAUUCAGGUCCCUGUAAUCAAAGUUGGUCACAGCUGUGAGAAAGAAAACAAGUCUGAAGGCCCUACUCAGAAAUGUCUUCGUGAAGCCAGGGAAGAAAAUGAUAAUAAAACAAAAAUGAGGAACGAAAGAAAGGCCUUCUUCAACAGAAUUCAAGAGGGUGCUAAUACGGUCAGUACAAGAUCAUCGUUCUGCCCAACUCCAUGCCCCCAUCAUCAGGAGUGGAGAGGGAACUCUCAAAGUUGGAAUAAGACCACGCCUCAGCAGGGCUCCAUUAGCAAAAGAAGGCAGAGUACAGGGACACCCAGAAUAAAGCCACACAGGUCAUCUUGUCUCUAUCAGCCAGAGCCAAACAGAAGAUUCUGAGCAAUACAUCUUCUUUGGUUUCCUCCCUCUGUCCUGUCUUUUAUCAACACCUGUACCUUCUUCCUUGUUCUUUUGGGACUUCUGAAGGAGCCUAAGGAGCUCAUCAUUGAUUUUCAGAACUUUAAUCUCAUCACAUCAUCCUUCCUGACCAACUUCUUUUUCCCUAACUUGUCAAACUGUUUGUACUUAAAGGACUCAAGUUGAGUUUUCAUGUUCUACUGUAGUGUUCCCUCUGUCCUGUGCCAUGGGUAGUCUGGCUGCUCCAGUAAUAACUGUGCUGCCAGUGGAGUCCUGGCCACUGUCUAGCAGUCAGUUCUUUAAAGAGAGGCAUUGGGUGAUGGCGUUAGACGCACAGUUCAGCAGCUGAAGUUUUAAUCUAAAGUAACUGAAUGUGAGUUGGGGACUGGUACUCACAGGCAGUCCCGGGCCAACUCCAGCACACAGCUCCAGCACACCAUCACUUGAUAGCACCAUUAGGGGUGUUUAUUUUCUCUAUACUCAAGUCAGUGCACUGGACUUUAUCUGCCUUUUGCUACUUCCAGCCCUGGUCCUUCCAUGUUUCUUGAAUAUUCCUUUCCUUGCAUCUCAUUUUGAUCAGAUUGUCCCACUCAUAAAAAUUGUUUAUUACAGGCACAUCUUCCCUAGUGAUUUUUUUAUAAAUGGAAAGCAAUAAAUCCCUGAGACAUUGCCAUUUUCUUUAUGAUUCUUGCCUGAAUCUUCAUGAUUUCAAUGUUUUCAUGGAUAAUGCUUCCAACAUUUUGGAUUUUGAACUUCUUGACAUUUGACCACACAUUAUCAUUCUCAGCUACUCAUUAUCACAGCCAUUUCUUAGGCCUUGUUGCUGUUCAUAACUGACCUAUAAUUUCAUUUACUCUUUGCACCACACUCCUAAACCCUGCAUAUAGAUCAGCAUUCAGUUUUUAUAUGUCUUUGGUCACUCUCUAUGUGUGACAGGCCUUUGAGUUCUACUGACACAUUUGUGAGUGUAAUUUACAUUAUCCAGGACCAACUCUUCUCUGAGCUCUGAUUUUAAGUACCCAGUCGCCCGUUCAACCUCUGACCAGAUACUGAUUUCCUGCUGCAGGUGCCUUCAUUUACUUUCCACAUUUCUUAAUAGAAAUGCAACCCUUCCCUCUCUUUAGCCAAAACACUUCUGCACUUAUCCCGAUCCUGAGGUGUCUGCCUGUCUUCUCUCACUUUUGAUAAGAAAUUAUUUUGUUAUGUUCUUGAAAAUCAUCUUUCUCUUUAUAACACCAGUACUGUUUCCCUUCCUACCUCCUCUCCUUCUCCAGUUCUCACUGUAGCUCUUGCUUGUGUGUACACGUAUAAGAUUAUUAUAGAAAUAUAAUUGGUCUCUGCUUUUGUCAUUAUUUUCCUGUAAACACAGUAGCUAGAGUCAUCAUUUUAAAGGUGUCAACCCAUAACAUUUCUUUGCUGAAAUUUUUUCAGUGGCCCCCUAUAUUCAUCAUGACUUCUAAGGCUCUCUGCAUUUCCACCCGUUUACCUCUCUUUCAUUUUCUCCUGCUACAUUUUGCAUCCACAGACUAGCAUUCCAUGAGUUUCUAGAAUACUAUAGACAUACUCCUGUCUUGUGACAUUUGCAUUUAAGGCUUUCUCUGUUUGGGUUGUUCAUUUGCAUAUCUUAAUGUCUCAUGUCAUUAUCUCCAGUUAACCCAAUUUCCUUUAAUUUUUUUCCAUAGCUAUAAUAUCUAAAUUAUAUUUGAUUUUUGUUCAUUUUUAAGGCAGGGUCUCAGUAUGGUGUAGCUCUGCGUACUCUUACACAUGAAACCAUCCUUCCUUAGACCCCUCAGUACUGAGAUCCCAGUCUAAAUUGUUAUGUGCUUGCUUAUUUCUGGAAAAUAGAUGUCAUAGUUUUUCACAUCUGUAUGAGUACUGCAUGAGUAAAAGUGUUUUCUGAGAUUGUCAUAUAAAACACAUUUGCUUAAGAAGAAUUAAUCUGAAAUAGUUACCUUUUUAAAUUAUUUUUUCAUAUGGUUUGUAGUUUGGUGGAACUUCCCUAGUAAAUAGUGUGAUUUUUCUCAUCUAUAACUGGAUUUUUUUGUUUUACUUAUGAUUGCAUAUUGCUUAGAAUCUCCAGAAGGUUGUUGUAUAUAUGAACAAACAUUCUUACCAUGUUUAUGUAAAAAGGGAAUGUAUGUGACGUUGUAACACAAGGAAUAUUUUUUGGUUUUGGUAGAUAGAAUUUAUUAAGUUUGUUUCAUAAUGAAUGUCUAAAUUUUAAUAGUAUAUUAGUGGCAAUUUGUAAAUCAUGUUUAAGUGUUAAAUUUUAAUUUCAUCAUGAAUAUUGUGUCUUCUGGUUCUGAGAUGAUUUUUCCUAUUAAUAUUUCAGUGUGGUAAAUGUCAUUGUAGAUUUUCUAAAUAAACAAUCUUUUCAAUAUCUCGGGUAAAA